CAGUGGGGGAUAUAAUGAUUUUGGCGAAUUGAUCUACAUAUGUAGAUUUCACAAUGCCUUAUUCUGAAUCCAGGGUGCAAAUGGUGGUGGCAAUUGAAGAUAAUUUGGAUAAAGAGUUAUGGAUGUUUGUAAAGCCUUUAAGCGUAGGUCUUUGGUUGAUGACUAUUGUCGGUUUCAUCUAUAUAGGGAUCGUGGUGUGGAUUCUUGAACACCCAACAAAUACUGAGCUUGGGGUCUCAAGAGGAGAACGUCUUCAAACAAGCCUUUGGUACUCUUUCUUAACACUCGUGUUUGCCCAACCAAGGCUCUAAAGUCACCAUUGCACUCCUAAUCUGGAUAAUCUAAGGAAGGAGCUUCAUUUAUGGAAAUCCAAGCUUCUGUUCUAUCCUGGUCUAGAGCAAAGUGAGAUUGGUGAUACAGAGUUCCUAUAUUUAUUGGAUCGGGGUGUUUGGCCUACCUCUAUCAACUAGUCAUAAAGUGGAAUCCUGAUGAGUGUAUUUCUGUGAAAGGGCAUUGACAAUAAUAGAUACCUCUACACCAUGGUUGGGCAUCUGUGUGUCUACCAAAGAAACGAAGGGGGGAUUGGAGCUGGGAAGAAUUAAGGAGGUCAUACUGGAAAGGAUCCUCAAAUUGGCUUCUAGAAGUGAAGGCAUAUGGGUUAAGUGGAUUUACUGUCAAUUCCUCGGGAGGGACUCCAUUUGGACGGCUUCAUGUCAUUGGAGGAAGAUUAUUCAGUAUAGAUUCUUGGUAAGACAAUUAAUCAUGUCAAAGAUUGAUGAUGGCACCUCUACCCUUCUCAAGUUGGAUAACUGGCAUCCCCAUGGUGACUUGAGCUCUACUUAUGGAUAUAUACUCUGGUUUGAUUUGGAGUUGAAUAGGAUGGCCUUGAUAUCUUCUAUUACCUGGGAGGGGACUUGGAGAUAUGACCUUGUUCAUUCCCUUAUGUUGCAGAGGCUUGGGGAGCUCUUCAUGAAAUUCGAAGGCCGGCUGGGACUAGGGGAUCUUGUUAUGUGGACGGCCUCUGAUUCGGGGGAGAAGAUUGUGAACAACUUAACAAGGGUUGUGAUGAUCACAUGGGUGUUCUUUGUGCUCAUCCUAACACAAAGUUACACAGCAAGUCUGUCAUCCAUAUUAACAGUAAAACAGUUGCAACCAACAAUCAAAGAUGUUAACGACAUAACGAACAAUGGAUAUUAUGUGGGACACCAAGAUGACUCAUUUGUGAAAGAUUUCCUGACAGAUCAUCUGAAUCUGAACGAGUCCAAGCUCAAGAGUUAUGGCACUCUAGAGGAAUAUCAUUCUGCUUUAUCCGCGGGAACACAUAAUGGAGGAGUUGCUGCUAUUUUUAUGGAAGUUCCUUACAUCAAAGUCUUCCUCAGUAUGUAUUGUAAUAAAUACACCACAGUCGGACUCAUCUACUCAUCUGAAGGAUUUGGCGUUGUAAGUCUCUCUCCCUCAUUUUCAUUGAUUUAUUUUUUGGUGAAACUAUUUUUGGCUUCUUAAUUUUUCUUAUUUCUUCUAGGUCUUCCCAAAAGGUUCUCCUUUAGUCUCCUACAUGUCAAUGGCAAUCUUAAAUCUCACUGAUGAUGGUACAAUGGACAAAAUUAAGCAAAAGUGGUUAGGAAAUCAAACAAAUUGCAGUACUACUUCAAUGUCAAGUAACCAGCUCACCAUGCGAAGCUUCGGAGGUCU